UUCUGACGUCACAAGUGUCAAAUUCCAAGGAUUUUUUUUUGCUGAAAAAAACUUGCCUGGACAAAGACCAACAUUUCCCUUGUGAAUGUGAAAACGCCGUGGAGUAUUGUACAUACUGUACUUUGAAGAAAAGAGGUCAGUACAAUACAGUACCGUGUGGAGCAUGGCUAGGAUGGCGGCCAUCAGGCCCGAUGAAGGCCUGAUGAUGAUGCAGGAGCUGGACGACCGCCUCAAGGAGCAGAUUGACAGACUGGAACACGUCCGUCUGGCCGCCAUUGAACUGAAGGACAACGUCAACCAAUCUGUGGGGGACAAUGAUCUCUCCCAGUCGCUUAGUGAUCAUUUGGAGUGGCUGAAUCAUUUGUCAGAACGUGUGGAGAGCCUUCACACCAACACUGCUGUUUUUGUACAGAUGAAUCCAAAGCCUCGGGCUUGGUCAGGGAAGCAGGGCUCCAAACAUGGCUACCGCUGGGGGCGUGUCCACGUGGCUGACGAUGUCCACUCUGAGUUUGGAUGGUCACCCAUACGCACCCGGAGAAACAGUGAUGCUGCCUCUGAAAUGUCUUGUAACUGGUGAACCCCAUGGUGAAGGAUUAUGGAACCCGACCAUCAAGUGGACACAACUCAUUAUUACACCUUACACGUCAAUAUUAUGCAAAUUACAUUGUUAUUACUUGCUUAGAUCUAUUCUGUUGUUUUUAUUCUCUUUAGAACUUUAUACGCUUUAUAGACAGGUCAACUGACCAACCAACCUACUAACUGAGGACAAACUAGCGCUAAUAGCAAGUAACUCAUCCCUAAACCACCCUACUAACUGAUUGGCUCACUAACAAACAAACCGUACCGUUUUUAAGAACUACCUCCUUAUUAAAACCAAUACCAAUACCAGCUAUUUGAUUGCGUUAGUCAGCUACUAAUACAUACCAUUUAUGUAAAUAGAAGAUUAAAGUUUCUGAGCCAAAACAUGGUUAACAAUGUUUUAUUGCAUAUCAUUGUGCAAGUGUAGCUAAUGUUGUGACAGGGGACACAUAACGUAAUAUAUGACGUCAAGUGUGAAAUCAGGACACGUCCAUAUAUGGGUGUCAGGUAUCGUGCACCGCCGACAGGGGGCGCGUCUUGUCUUUGCGUCACUGUUCACUCAUGUGUUGUCAAUAAAGCUUUGGGGAGAACGCGUGGUGUUGGCUGUCUGGUACUUGUAAAAAGAAAAGGCAGGGCGUUGGGUAUAAAUACUACUAAAACUUUAACUGUCCUCCCAAAACGGAUUGGGAAGUAUUUUUUUCUGUAUUUGAGCCUUAACUUGCCUUGUAUCGUUUGGAAAAACAGCGAGAGAAAAUGGCAGAGAGCGACUGGGACACCGUGACUGUUUUGAGGAAGAAGGGGCCGACUACUGCUCAGGCCAAGUCGAAGCAGGCCAUCACCUCAGCUCAGAGACGAGGGGAGGAAGUGGAGACUACCAAGAAAUGGGCUGCGGGGCAAAACAAACAACACCUUGUGACAAAGAACACGGCCAAACUGGACCGCGAGACGGAGGAGCUCCACCACGACAGGGUCUCCUUGGAGGUGGGCAAAGUCAUCCAGAAGGGGAGACAGGAUAAAGGCCUCACCCAGAAAGACCUCGCCACUAAAAUUAACGAGAAGCCACAAGUGAUCGCAGACUACGAGAGUGGGAAAGCCAUCCCCAGCAACCAGGUGAUGGGCAAGAUCGAGAGAGCAAUCGGUCUGAAGCUGCGUGGGAAAGACAUUGGCCUACCCGUGGAGGCAAAACCCAAGAAGAAAUGAACACAAAGCCUCGAAAUCAGCCCUCCCCACCCACGCCACGCCACCCUUAAUCCCUCUCCUCUCCCUUCUCCCCGGGCUGAUAUGACCAGCGUUCCCGCCUGAGGACCUGGUUCUCCACUUGCAUCACAGGCUGCACACGGACAAGCCAACAACACCGACGCAACAGAGCAUUUCUUUUCUUUUGCUUCGACUCUGGCAUGACCCUGUCUCAUUGUGGUGGAAAAUGGCUUACUUCAAAGUGGAUCAUCUUGCCAACAAUGUGGGUGUGGUCCUUUUGAAGAAGGCCUGAGCAUGUUUUAAUGGCCAAAAGUGCUUGAAUGCAUCUUUUUUUUUUCCACACUUAGCGACAGUUUGCGUGGAUGUCAUUAGCAGUGGUGAAAUGUUUUUAAUGCUCUGCUUUGUUUCGUUAGAAAAUAAAGUUUGGCAAUUCACA